UGCACUCUUCUUUGAUACAGCAAUAAUGCACACUUUCCUUAUAUAGUAAGUGGUAGACCCAAUAUUCUUAAUCAUGAAUUCAUUUUUAUCCAUGUUCAGAACUUAGCUUCCUCAUUACCCAUCUUCUUUCACAACUUUUUUCAGAGGCAUUAUUUCUUCAACCCCAACAUCAUCCCUAAUUAUAGAUUCAUACAUCGAUCUCAGAGCAAAAUUCAUACAUCGAUCUCAGAGCAAAAUUGUAUCAUUGCAUUUGAUUUUCCUUCUUGAACGAGCAACCGAGCAGUUACUGGAAGUCGGAGUCAUUUAACAUCCUUGGUCCUUCCCUUGACCUUGCAUAGAGAAGAAAAAGUUAUGGAGAAGAAAUGUGAAGGCUGUAAAAUUGCGGAGAAUUAUAAGUAUUGGUUUGAAUUUCCUGCAGUAAAACACCAAUUCUUCAAGGUCAUGCUUGGAGAUUUCAAGCACCAAUUGAAAAUUCCUCGGAAGUUCAUGGAGUGUUUCAAGGUGAAACUCUUACCGUGGUGUACACUUAUAGGACCGAGUAAAAACAAAUGGAAAAUCAGACUCUCGAGUACAGGUGAUGAAACAUCAUUGAAGUUUUCAGAUGGCUGGGAACAGUUUGUUAGUGAUAAUGGAGUGGAAGAAGCUGACUCCCUAGUGUUUCGUUUUGUUAAAGACUCCUCGUUUGAGGUGACAGUGUUUGACAUGAGUGGUUGCGAGAGAGAGGGGUGUCACUUCUCCAUUAAUUCCAAUUCAAGCUCAAGAAGAACUUCUUGUAGAAGUACCCUCCACAUCAGUCAUGGUAGUGUGGCUAAAGAAGAAGUUGAGAUUUGUGACUCAUCAUCAGAGGAUUGCUCUUUGUGGGAUGAAGGCGAAGAAGAGACUAAGGAUGUAAGUCAUGUAAUGGAAGAAGAGCGGGAAGGAAGCUCAAGUGAAGGAAAACUUCCUCAAAGCCAAAAGUACUUCAUAUCGAAUAGGCGGGAUCUAAAACCUGGAGAAAAAAAAAGAGCUUCCAAGAUGGCUGAAUGUUAUAGGCGCAGCAUGAAGGAUAACAAGAGAGUGUUUCCUGUGUUUCAGAUAACCAUGCUGCCUACACAUGUUUACAGGGGAUUUAAUCUGACAAUCCCAAAGAAUUGGGCAAAGAAGCAUAUGAUCAAAGAGCCUCACGAGGUGGAGCUGCAUGUUCCAGGUUCUAUAAAGGGAAGUUGGAGAGUCGGAUGCAGAUGGACCAAAGGAGGAUCUAUACAAUGCCAACUCAGAUCAAAGUGGCCGUUAUUUGUGCUGGAAAACAACUUGGAGGAGCAUGAUACUUGUGUCUUUGAGCUGAUUCAGAAGGGGAAAUUAGAUAAUGUUAGAACUCCCAUCUUCAAUGUCCACAUAUUUCGCACUUUUGACCACAUUGUUCCCCUGACUGUGUCAACGCAUAUGGUCUAGCUCCGAGGAAAACAAUGCAAGCUUGUUAUCACUCUUUGGAAAACAAUGCACCAAUGCAAGCGUGCUAGAACCCUUCGUUCUAAUGUGUGUAUUUCAGUAUUUCUACUAGGGUCGUGUUUAUGAAUUUCAGAACCUUAAUGGUACCUUUGGAUAUGGACCUCCUCUUUGACUGAUUUUAUCUUCACUUUCUGGUGGAACUUAGGGCAAAUAUGUAUGCAACUUUUAUUUGUUCUUGUGUUAAAUUUUCCUUGAUGAGUUGAUUUUAUCAUCAUGUAUGUUUAUUGUUUUGUGCUGGUUGUACUCGCUGUGACUCUCUGUUAUAGCCUUACAGGGGUACUUCUUUGUGCUUAGUUGUUACAGGAAUGAUAUUCUGUUUAUUUUUUUGUUAGAA